AUGGGACAAGGGGGAUCCACGGGAGCGGUCGAGGGUUCACCUUUGGAUUGCAUCUUGAAAAACUUCUCUGAUUUCAGAAAGCGGGCGAAGCGCUAUGGAGGGAGUCCUCCCGACCCGGAGACCCUCCGAACGUUCUGCCAGCUUGAGUGGCCCACCUUUAAUGUUGGGUGGCCGACUGAGGGAACUUUCCAAUUGCCAAUUUGUUUCUCGGUCCAACGAGUCACCUACGUGGUGCCUCAUCCGGACCAGCAAAUCUACAUCAAUGUCUGGACAGAUAUUGCCACGGAUAGACCGGGCUACGUCCGGAAGUGCAGCCAAGGGCAGGCAGGGACAAACAGGAGGGGUAGAGCGGUGUGCUUAGCCGCUGGAUCGGGCGAGAGGAGAGGCCCCCAAGGAAAUAGCAGAGGGGGGAGUGCUGAGCCCCAGCCGUCAUCGGGACCUGAAGGGAACCGGCCGUAUCCAGUCCUGCCAGGCCGGCCGGAGGACCCCUUAGAUCCUGUUAACGCCCCACCGCCGUAUCCCGCCCAGGCGGCACCUGAUUCCUCCGAGCAAUCCGGGGAAAUUGUGCCCACGGCCCCGGACGCCCCUAGGGCGCCUCCUAGGCUAAUCUAUGUCCCCUUUUCCACGAGUGAUCUAUACAAUUGGAAACACCAGAACCCCCCAUUCUCUGAGAAACCCCAGGGCUUGAUUUCCCUACUGGAAACUAUAUUCCGGACCCACCAGCCCACAUGGGAUGAUUGCCAGCAGAUAUUGCAGACCCUGUUUACGUCGGAGGAAAGGGAAAGGAUCCUGAGGAAAGCAGGGAAGGCGGUUAUGGGAGAGGAAGAAGGGAGUUGGAGGAAAUACUCCCCUCCAUCCCCCCCCGAUUGGGAUCCGAACACUGGAGGGGGAAGGGAGGCACUUCUGCAGUACCGCCGAGCUCUUCUGAGGGGAUUGCAGGCAGCAGCCCGCAAGCCCACAAAUUUUGGGAAGGUGAGUGAGGUAGUGCAGGGACGAGACGAGACCCCUGGUGCAUUCCUGGAAAGAUUAAUGGAGGCGUAUAGGGUAUAUACCCCAUUAGACCCAGAGGCAAGGGAGAAUAGGAGACUCGUAAACAUAGCCUUUGUCACGCAAUCAGCCACGGACAUAAGGAGGAAAUUGCAGAAGAUAGAGGGAUUUGAGGGAGAGAAUAUCAGUAAACUGCUAGAAAUAGCCCAAAAGGUAUAUGUCAACAGGGAUGACCCAGAGGUUGGGAAGGCUAAGGAAGUAGCAAAAAUUUUGAUAGUGGCGCAGAGGAAAGGAGGUGCACCCAGAGGGAACACCGGUAGGGGGAACAGAGAGAGGAGGGGAGCCCGGCUAGAGAGGGAUCAGUGCGCCAUCUGCAAGGAGAAGGGGCACUGGAAGAGGGAAUGCCCCAAGAGGAAGGGGACAGAGGAGCUAAGGGGGACCCCUGGGGUGCUCCUGCAGACCCUGGACUGACGGGGCCAGGGCUCCAUAAGCAUUGGCUCCCGGGAGCCCAUGGUCACCUUGACAGUCGAAGGAAGACCAGUUGAUUUCCUAGUCGACACGGGAGCCACCUUUUCUGUCCUGAAGCAGCCCCAAGGAAAACUAGAAAAGGAGACAGCCAAAAUUGUAGGGGCCACCGGGAAAUCAGAGACUUAUCCUUGGACAAGUGCGAGAAUUACGGACCUUGGAAAAGGGACAAUCACUCACUCUUUUCUGAUUAUACCGGAUUGCCCCUACCCUCUGCUAGGAAGGGACUUACUUCAAAAGUUGCAAGCCUCCAUAGUGUUCAAGACACCCGAGGAAGAGAAGGGGAACCCCAGCUUAGAAGUUACUGUUCCCCUGUCGGAAGAGUACCUGCUAGCUGUGAGUGAGGCCGAGCCUCAUUCCACUGGAGUUCCCCAGGCACUCUGGGAAAAGAUACCUGGGGUAUGGGCAGAGACCAACCCCCCAGGACUGGCUGUACAUCAGGCGCCAGUGGUAGUCCAGUUAUUGAGUACAGCCACCCCAGUGCGAAUCAGGCAGUAUCCGAUUCCCGCCAGAGCCAAGGAGGGGAUAGCUAAGCACUUGCUGCGGUCACUGGCCGCUGGAAUUCUGAAGAAGUGCCAGUCUCCCUGGAAUACUCCCCUGCUGCCUGUGCAGAAACCUGGGACAUCUGAUUUCCGCCCUGUACAAGACUUAAGGGAAGUGAAUGCCCGGGUAGAGACAAUACAUCCCACAGUGCCAAAUCCUUAUACGCUUUUGAGUGCUUUGUCUCCCACCCACAAAUACUACUCGGUCUUAGACUUAAAGGAUGCAUUCUUUUCCAUCCCACUGGCACCCCAGAGCCAGGAAAUUUUUGCCUUUGAAUGGAAUGACCAUGAGCAUGGCCUGGGAGGUCAGUACACCUGGACAAGGCUGCCCCAGGGCUUUAAAAAUUCCCCUACUAUUUUUAACGAGGCUCUCAGCCAGGAUCUACAAGAGUACAGGAGAAAACACCCCGAGGUAGUACUCCUACAGUACGUAGACGACCUUCUCGUGGCUGCGUCCCACGCCAGUGAUUGCGAACAGGCAACAGAGGACUUGUUGAGGGAGCUCGAGAGGCUGGAAUACAGGGUCUCAGCCAAGAAGGCACAAAUCGUGUCUACCAAGGUAAGCUACCUGGGGUAUGACCUGAGCGGAGGAUUAAGAACCUUAUCUGAGCUAAGGGUCCAGACUAUCCUAGGGAUACCAGAGCCAAUCACCAAACGGCAGGUGAGAGAAUUUCUAGGAGCCGUGGGAUACUGUAGGCUCUGGAUCCUGGGGUACGCCAGGCUUGCACAGCCCCUCUACGACAUGACAAAGGGGAAAGAGACUGAGUUUGCCUGGACUGAGGAGGGGCGGGAGGCAUUUCGGGCCCUGAAGGAAGCUCUUGUCUCGGCCCCGGCAUUGGCCUUGCCCGAUCCGGCCAAACCGUUCCUCCUCUAUGUGGCAGAAAAACAAGGAAUGGCCUUAGGAGUGUUGAGCCAAACCCUGGGCCCUUGGAAAAGACCGGUGGCCUACCUGUCAAAGAAAUUAGACCCGGUGGCAUCAGGAUGGCCAGCCUGCCUGAGGGCCAUAGCGGCUACCUCAGUCCUGGUGAAGGAGGCGAGUAAGCUAACCUUGGGGCAAGACAUCCAAGUAGUUGGGGAACACUAUGUCGAGUAAGUACUCCGUGCACCGCCUGGUCGUUGGUUGACCAACGCAUGACUGACCCAAUAUCAGGCACAGCUCCUGAACCCCCCGGCUGUCAGAUUCCUUAAGACAGCUGCCCUGAACCCGGCCACCUUGCUACCAGUCCCCAAAUUGGGAGUGACUCAUUGCUGCUCCCAUGUCCUGGAAACGGUAGCCGGAACACGGCCUGACCUGCGGGACCAGGCCUAUGAAGGUGCUGAUCUGACUUGGUUCACGGAUGGGAGCAGUUUUGUAAGUAAUGGACACAGGUAUGCUGGAGCGGCAGUGACGACGGCGGGUGAAGUAGUGUGGAAACAAGCUCUGCCCAAGGGGACAUCGGCCCAGAGAGCAGAGUUGGUCACGCUCACCCAAGCCCUCCGGAUGGCCGAGGGAAGGACGGUCAACAUUUACACGGACAGCAGGUAUGCUUUUGCAACAGCCCAUGUGCAUGGGGCCAUCUACCGGGAGCGCGGGCUACUGACGGCUGGAGGUAAGGAAAUCAAGAAUCGCCAGGAAAUCCUAGAACUGCUGGAUGCGCUGUGGAUGCCCAAGAAGGUAGCCAUCAUUCACUGCCGAGGGCACCAGAGAGGAAGUGACCCCGUGGCGAGGGGUAACGCCCUGGCUGACCUGGCGGCCAAAGAGGCGGCGGGAGAGGAGGCUGCAGGAGUACUCCCCAUGGUGCCUACCCCAGUGCUACCUUCCCUGCCUACCUAUACACGAGUAGACACCUUCUCGGGCUGGGUGGAGGCCUUCCCCACAAAGGGUGAAACGGCAGCCACGGUAGGGAAAAUCUUAGUCCGAGAAAUAAUUCCCAGAUAUGGCAUUCCCAUGGCGAUUGGAUCAGAUAACGGGCCUGCCUUUGUAUCCCAAAUAUCCCAAAACCUAGCUGGGAGACUGGGCAUAACCUGGAAAUUGCACUGUGUGUAUAGACCCCAAAGCUCAGGGCAGGUAGAGAGAAUGAAUCGGACCUUGAAGGAAACAUUAAUUAAAUUAAAGGAGGAGCUCGGGGAGAACUGGGUAGAAUUGCUCCCCUUCGCCUUAUUUAGGGCUCGAUGUACCCCGUACACAGGAGGGUGGACGCCUUAUGAAAUCAUGUACGGGCAGCCUGUGCCACUAGUGCCCAAGCUGACUAGAGAGGAGAUGGAGGCCUCUAAUCAUAACUUUCUAAAGUCCUUACAGGCACUGCAGGCCCUCAGAGAAGAAGUCCGGAGCCUACGAAGGGAGGAAAAGGAGGCAAAUGAAAGAGGCGGUACUGGCGAACUAAGGACACUGGACCCCGGUCAAUGGGUAUGGAUCCUGAACCACCGGCGAGGAAGCCUUGAACCCAGGUGGAUCGGGCCAUUCCAGGUACUGCUAAGCACCCCGACUGCCGUUCGGGUGGCUGAGAAACCCUACUGGAUACACCUCUCCCACGUUAAGCCAGCUCAGGACCCCAGUGAAGAAAAACCAUGGAGAGUUCGACAGGACCCAGGAAAGCCUCUCCGGCUCUCUUUUACCCGCUCUUAA